GAGCAGUCUUUCGAAAAUUGAGCUACCAUUAGGUAUAUUGCUUUUCAUGGGUUUUUAAUAUUCUACCGUCAUUUAACACAUUAUAUUUUCAUCUGUGUUAAAAGCUCGAAGCUAUCUUUAUCUGGACUGCAUUUUCCAAGGAACCUGAUGUAUCAGGGCAUUACGUUGAGCAGAUUGUUGAAUUUUAAAACCUUAUAAUUAUAAGGUUUGCAUACAGACAUGAGUUACAUCCUAGCCAUUAGCUUAUAGUUUUGACAGUCUUACAACUUCAAUUUGCUUGGUGAUCAAUAAAGUGUUAAUAAUGUCCCCUUAACAUGUAUCGUUUUUCCAGUUAUUAACUGUAAAAAAUACUAGCAGUGACCUGCCGUUUACCUUUGAUAAAUUUAGCGUUUGUACCUAGUAUCCGAUAAUUAUAAUCUGGGAUAUUAGUAAAUCGAUUGGUGCGGUUGGUGCUGAUGUUUAGGAGGACGUUGAAAGCCUCAACAAAAUUAUUAUUAACGAGGACACCAGAAAAUUCCACAAACCCAGAACAAAUUAUUUGUCUGAUGACUGUUGACUUUCCCGUUGGAACAUCAACCAGUAGAAUUCGCUACCUCAGCACGCGAUUGAAGCUCGUCUUUCGAUUCUUACAAAAGAAAGUCGGGUCAACUUAGAGAACAUCAUUGCCACGACUAGCACAGGCCAUCAAGCCUUCUGUUCUUUCCAAACUGAAAAUUAAACUAGCGACUUAUUAUGUACCUCCCAUUUCUCAUGCGUCUUGAACCCUUCCUAAUUUCCAUUUUCCAUGUAACUUUGUGUAACAUCAUCUAAAAGCACCUUUUCUCUAUGGAUAUAGCGGAUACUAUCUUUUAUAUUCCAGUCCCCUGAGCAUUCUGUCAUUAUUUGUGUGAUAUCAUUGUAUCUAAUCAAACGGAAGUGAUCAUUUCGUUUCUCUCCUUGAUUGACGAUGUUGGAGGUUAGUUCUCUGCAUAAAAUUGAGCUUCAAAAUCCUUAGUGUGCAGCACCUGGAGUUGAGGAUGCUAACGUAUGGGGUCUCAUAAGUUUAAAGAAAGGUGAUAAAAAAGCCCAGAGGAAAAUUCUGAAUGAGUUCCAUCGACACAACAAGGUGUUGAAUGAAACUGAUGAGAUUCAGGAUGCAAGACAAGCCAGAAGGAUAGCUUUCAGAGGAGUUAAACGUCAGCUUAAUCUCUGGAAAGGCCCAGUUCACAAAAAUCGGCUUGCAGAACAAAUCGUUUUUCCAAUAAAUGACAGAGAAAUCGUUAUGUCAGCCUCCCAAGAGGCUGCAAAAUUGAAAGAGCAAGUUUAUGUUAAGGAUACCAUAAAAGAUUCGACAAAUUUACAGGGGAAAUUAUAUAACGCACUGUAUAAAGAUAUGGACACAAGGUUAGUCUUUUUUAAUUUUGUUAGUUCUCAGUACACCUCAGGAGGAAAUUCCAGAAAAGGCAGCAAAGGUGGUUUCCAAGAUGCUACUGGAAAAGAUCGCUAUGCGUGACCGAGAACGUUUCUUACUUGCUCGAGCUGCUGCUCGUAACAAGCGUCAAAAUAAAAUUAAAAGCAAACGAUUUCAUCGUCAUUUGAAGGCACGUACUAUGAAGGAAUAUGAAAAAGAAACGGAGUCAUUACGCCUCAAUAAUCCUCGGAAAUUUGCUGAGCGUCUUCUCAGUGCCGAAUUAAGUAGAGUCAAAGAAAGAGCCAGUCUAAAACAUAGAGGUGGUAGUAAGUUUGCAAAAUUACAGAAGUUGAGAGCAAAGUAUGACUCUGAGGCUAGAGCAGCUGUAGCAGACAUGCACGAGUUAUCUAGGGAGACCACAAGAAGAACUGAUCCCGACCUUCUAUCUGAUACUGAUGAAUCUGAUGUGUCUUUAUCAUCCGAAUCUGAGGGGGAGUCAGAAGGGUCUGAUUUCAAUUUAGACGACGAUGCCGAUGAGGAAAUAAAUGGAGUUACUCAAACCCUCGGUUGGUGGAAAAAGAGCUCAACCAAGAACAAAUCGAAGACCGAACAUCAGACAACUGUUGGAGCUGUGCUUUCCACUCAGGCAGCUGAAGAAGUACUAGAAAAAUAUGAAGUCAAUCAGAUGAUUUUAAGUGAACCAGUAGUGUGCAAUACUAGUGUGACUGCAGAAUCAGAUGUAGUUGAUCCCAAUUCAGAAGGGUUUUUCCAAGCACUUCAAGAAAGCUUUGCAAAUGAUCCUGCAUUACAACAGAAGUUUUCCGCAGAGAAAUCUGAAACUAUAAAAGAUGAGGCACCUCAAGAUAUUGAUACAUUUCUGCCUGGAUGGAAUUCCUGGACAGGUCCAGGAACUGAAAAAGCUGAUGAAAGAAAGCGGAAAUUUAGAAUUAUACCUGCUCCUAGAGUAGAACGUGAGGAUGAUAAAAAACCUCACGUAAUCAUCAAACGGCGUGUAAAUCAAGACUUCAAGCAACACCUGGUAAAAACUAUUCCGUUCCCAUACAACACACCAGAACAAUUUGAAGCUUUUAUCUCUCAGCCUAUUUGUAGAGAAUGGACAACAGAACUUACACAUCGUGAACUAACAAGGCCCAAAGUUACAGUUCAGUCAGGUCGUAUUAUCAGACCAAUAUCAAAGUCUGCAGCCUUACUACGUGAUAAAGAUAUAGAGCGUUUUGUUAGACAAAACAAGAACUCUUAAUAUCCUGUAAAUUACUUAUCUUUUACAUUGUAAUAUGAAAUAUAACAUUCGUAGAUUGUUCAGUGUU